GAGAAUUUCAUUCACUAAUACAACAAGCUAUUGUGCAUUUUCCAUGCCCUCCUCAUUUCUACAUAUAUCGUUUGACUGGAAUUGAAGCAUACAAAAAUAAAAACGUUAAUGCUUUCAGUCUCACGACAUCUUUUGAGCUCAUCAGACGUGCUUUUUAUUAAUAGGAAAACGUUUUAUUAAUUUUACUCACUCAAAAUAAAAUUUAACGCAUGUUCAUAAUUUUAUUUUGUGGUUCAAAUUUUUUUAUGGACUAAAUCAAGUGCGUGUUAAGCCAACAGAAAAGUGAUCAAUCAAAAAUCCACAAAGAAAAAAAAAAAAAAAAUCUCGAGCAGUAAAAGCUGUUGUGCAUGAUUCAUUGCUUUAAUCGCACAUUAAUAAAUUCUAUGAAAAAUCAUUAUAGGCUUAGUGAUUUAUUGAGUGACGAUAACUUUUCGUAUUGUUUUUGAAUUAAUUGAGGAAGAAGGCAAAAACGAAAAGAACGAAAUACACAUCGCAUUAAGUAGAAUUAAUAAUCAUGACGGAUACCGAAGAAGAUUCAGCAAGUUCAGACAGUUGGCCCGUCAACGAAGAUUGGCUAAUUGAGAUGUUAAAGACUCAUCACUGCACAAAUAAUGAUAUUAAGAUUGCUGAUUUCUCAGCUAAGCAGGGCUGCUCGGAUGGCGUUAGUAAUUUAAGUGACAUCCUUGCCGUGUCCGUUACUUACAACAUCGGCUCAACACCGAUAGAAAUCGCAUCAUCUGACAUUAGCAGCGAUAGCGAGAAACUUGAAUUUAUUAUUAAACUUUUGCCGCACGAUCCAUUUAGUCGAUAUUUCGUGACUGAAGCAAAAUUUGAUUUACGUGAAAUUCGAUUCUAUACGCGCGUUCUACCCGACCUUUUGGAGUUUCAGAAUCAAAAUAUAAAGCCUGGAUGUGAAAAAAUGUCAAUUUGUGUGCCAAAAUGUUUCUACACGCAUUAUUCGCCCGGUAAAUUGCCAGCUACUGGUAGCCCUGAACCGCCCGAGUCUAUUUUAGUAUUAGAAGAUAUGCGAUCAUCGGGAUAUAAGGGCAUGAAUUUCGUCGACGGAUUGAAUCUAGAGCAAGCUGAGUAUGCAAUCAAGGCUAUAGCAUCUGUUCAUGCGCUAUCAUUGGGCAUGAAGUUCAAGGAAAGAAUUGAUUUAAAUGAAAAGUACUCGUUCCUAUUCCAAAUCAACAAGGCAACGGAAAGUUACCAACAACUUCUCGAACAAGGUCUCCCUCAACUAUCAAAGUUCCUCCAACAAAAAGGCAAUUUUGAAAGUGAACUUCAAGUUCUUGAACAAUUGCGUCCAAUUACGAAAUCUCUCAUCGAAAAUCUUCUUCAGCCAGUUGAACCGAUGGGUCUUAUUACCCACACCGAUUUCUGGUGUAAUAAUCUCCUGUUCAAGGAGACACCCGAUGAUAGCUAUAACGACAAUUGUUCGAUAUUAGAUUGGCAAAUGAUCACAUAUAGUCGACCGACAAAUGACAUUGCAUUGCUUAUAACAUCAUCAUUACCAUCGUGUAUAAGACGUCAACAUACACAAAAAUUACUUGACCUGUACUACAAUCUAUUGAGGAGUAAUUGCAGCAAGAUAGGACUUGACAUCGAAGUUGAUUUGCAAUAUAGUAGAAAUAAAAUGGAUUGUGACUUUCGAAAAUCUCAAUUACUGUCAUUUCUCUUAUGCAUUGGUUCAAUUGACGUAGCUUUGGGACAUGAGGAAACUGAGCAGCGACUUCUCGACGUCCUUCAUGACUUUCAUGAGGAUAAAAUUUUUGCAUUUGAAGAUAACGAUAUGUUUAAGUAGAUUAGAUGAGAGAGAAAUGUUAAUUAUGGAUAUAGAAAUGGAUAAUUAAUUGUGGUAGAGAUGGAAAAUGAGCGAUAGAAUAAUAAAGAAUGUGGAAACAGUUGUUGGUACAUGCAAAAAAAAAUCAAAU